GUUGCCAACUAAAAAACCACCCAUAUUGUUCAACGAGUCAACUCAGUCUAAGCUCGGUUACGCAUCCAUGAAAACCGGUCUUCGUUUAAACGAUUUCUUCUGGUUUGAACGAGACAAUGAUGGCCAAUCGAGAAAAGUGGGAAGUAUCCGUCGUUUAUACUCACAGACAAUCAUUUGUUUGUAAUUUUUACGAGAAAUAGCGGAAAAGGAAAAGCAAACAUGGCCAACCAAUAUAAAGGACAACAGUACCUUUUCUCUCAUCAGAAAGAAGAGGAAGAGAAGGAGGAGUUUGAUCUGGGAUCUGACGAGCCUGAGAUCCCAUUUCCCUUUAACAUUACUUCUCGGGUGCUUUAUAUGUUGGGGGAUAUAACGGCAGGGCCGGCGUAUCGGUUUACAGAAUGGCUGGAGCUGGUCCGCAAACGAAGUAGCAAGAUUCGCUCCUCCGGGUUCCCUCAUCGUCCUCACAGAGUUGAGACUAUGCUCUCCAGCCCAGAAGAAUCAAGUUCAGAUGUAAAAGACCCUCCACCUUCUGAGCAAGCGGCGGCAGAAUUGAGUUUGUGGGAUAGACUUGGCAAUGCUGUGAUGUUGGACAUCGAAUCAAGCGCCUUGUCCUGGAGAAUGCUCGCUUCCCUUCACCACACAGAGCACAACAGUAGUACUGAACAGUCUGAGGAUGAAAUGAAUAAAGCACUAGAGGUCACUGUUAAUUCUGGGGGUGUGGUUUUUUUUGCACUAUUCAAUCAGCCUCAAGAUGAUGAAUCUCCUUCUCCAAAGGAAGCUGUAGCUGUUAUAAAGAUAUCAUCUUCAAGGAUGGCCACUCAAUCAGAGCGCCUCGGUUAUGAAUUUGCCAAGUGGCUAGGUGUUCGGACCCCACAAGCACGGGUUAUUCACAACUGUAUUCCGGAGUGGUUGCAGAUAAAAGAUGCCGCAGAGAAAGCUAAAGAAGCGGCUAUAUCAGAAGGAGAUGAAAUUGGUGAAAUGACAUGCUCAGAACUUCUAGAAGCUCUUGAAUUAAGCCGUUGCAUUUUACUAAUGAACUAUAUACACGGAUCGCCUCUGUUAGAGAGCUCAAAUGCAUUUGAUUCCCAACAAUCUGCUGAAAAAAUAGCAGCUGCUCUAGGAAGGGUCAUGGUUUUGGACCUCGUCAUAAGAAAUGAAGACCGCCUUCCAUGUCGCCAUCUGAGAUGGCGUGGAAACUCAGCAAACUUACUGUUAUCAGAUAAGGUGGGUGAUGUGGAAGCUCCUGAGUCGGCCUUCAACUCUCUAAUCAAUAGAUGCAGACCUAGCAUGAUAAAAGCGUUUCAAAAAGAAAGAAGAGCCACUUCAAUAGAUGGCAAAAUUACCCCUCCCACUUCGGGUUUAUUACCACAACGCUCUGAUCUGUCCGACGUGGCAGAGUCUCCGAAAUCAAGCAAUUUGAGUGUUAAAAGUAUAAACUUAGGCGAAGAGAAUAGGUCUUUAGAUGAUUCAACGUCUCCGGAAUUUCAUAUCGUGGCUAUAGACUCGGGGGUUCCACGCAGGCCACCAGCUGGCAAACGUGCAAAUGACCAUGAAUUUUAUCCUAAGCUGGUUGAGCUCAUUAUUAACAGUUAUGAGUAUUCAUCUAAUAUCCUUCAUGAGAUAACAGGAGGAAAAUUAGGGUUUCCUCCCAACGACUCUGAGAUGAUGACUGCCGAUUCUCAUUUGGCUAAUAUGAGCCUUGUUAUUCAUGAAUUUCGAAGUGGAUUUCGUGCAGCUUUACGAGAUUUACAAGGAUUUCAUAUAUUUCUUCUCACACUUCAUCAGAAACUGGAAAACCUCUUGAGAGUGCUUCUCACCAUUAUUGACAGAGCUUCUUCAUCCGGGGAUCUUGAGAAGGAAGAAAUGACGGUUCCUGAGUCACCACCGCCUAGUAGGGAAGCGGCAGUUGGUGAAAACAAUGUUGAUUCAAAUGAUUCAGAAUUGCCAAGGGUAACACCUAAGCCAUCGUCAUCUUCAGGGUGUAAGGAGAGCUCGGAUGGCGGUUCUCCGGUUGCGCGUGAGGGUUGCCAGGGGAAGUUUAGGGGUAAUGGAGAACCUCUGCAUAGUUUGCGUUUGGCAUCGAAACUCCGUGACUUCCACAAAUCUGCUAAGGUUGAUGCAGAGCUAAACAAAGAGUUAGAACAAUGGAAUGAAAUGCUGAAGAACGAUGCUAUUAAGUUAUGCAUGGAAAACAAUUUCAAUACAGGCUUCUUUGAAGGCAGUGAUAAUAAUUACGUGGUUGAUGCAUAUGAGCUGAAGGUAAGGCUUGAGCAUAUUCUUGACAGAAUUGUGUUGAUAUCUAAUGCUGCAAACACCGAAAAACCAUCAGCAGUUUCGGAGACCCUUUUCAUUGGUGGGGCCCUUGCUGCUAGAUCUGUGUACACUUUGCAACACAUAGGAAUCACUCAUGUAUUGUGCCUUUGCACCAAUGAAAUUGGACAAUCGGACUCUCAGUAUCCCGACUUGUUUGUGUACAAAAACUUUUCUAUAUUUGACAACGAGGACAGCAACAUCAGCGAUCUCUUUGACGAAGCACACGAUUUCAUGGAUCACGUUGAAAAAAUUGGUGGUAAGGUUCUUGUUCACUGCUUUGAAGGAAAAAGCAGGAGUGCGGCUGUUGUCCUUGCGUAUUUAAUGCUGAGAAAAAGCUUCACACUUUCCCAAGCAUGGAAUGCACUGAAGAGAGUGCACAGACGUGCCCAACCAAACGACGGCUUUGCGAGGCUUCUAUUGGAACUGGACGAGAAGUUGCACGGAAAGGUUUCCAUGGAAUGGCAACAAAGGCGGCCGACAAUGAAGGUGUGCUCCAUUUGUGGGAAGAAUGCCGGGCUGAGCAGCAGUUCGCUGAAACUCCACUUGCAAAAAGCACACCGGAAGCUUUCUUCUGGAAGUGUGGAUAGUGCCAUGACCAUGGAGAUUCAGAAAGCCAUGGAUGCACUGAAACUCAGUCGUAGUGGGAGUGUCAGUCCUACACACAGAAAUCCUAACCCAAACAUGGUUGAGUAACCGUGUACAUUUGACCGUUAAUGUUUGGCUUCUGUCACUUGUGUAUUUAUUAUUAUUACGUGUGCGCGCACAUAUAUAUAUAUAUAUAUAUACAGAGAGAGAGAGAGUCCUUUUCUUGUCCAGCCGGCCUGACGGGAACUGCCGUCCGGCCGAGGGCAUUUCGGGCACUUCCCGAUGGUAUUUUUUAUGAAAUUUUUUGAGCAUGUUUUUCAUGAAGUCUAGUUUAUCCAUACCAAAUUUCAGCUAAAAAUUCAAUCGGGAAGGCAUUCAAAUAAUUUUUUGAAGUUGACUGCGUCAAAGUAUAUAUAUAUAUAU